GCAAAUUUAAAUACACAGUCUUUCAGCAACAAAGCAGGACACAAGCAACAUACUGGCCGGCUGUAGGACAACCUUCAUAUUGACCUACAAGUCUGAUACCAUGAUAUAUAUUUUCCUGCCGUGUUAACCUGACAGUAUAAUUCCAUGAUCAAGCUUUGAUGACCCACUGAUUUAUAGAUAUGGGAAGACAAAGGACUUCAGGAUCCAAACUUCAUACACACUGCGAAAGCUGCCACAACAGACGCUGUAAAGUUUCCAUAGAGAUCUCUGUAUCAUGCAUGAUAAUCAACUGCCGCUUGCUGUGUGGAGCGUCAUUUCACAUGUGCAAAGAGGAUGAGCACAUACUGCUUUGUCCUAAUGAAAAGGUGCCCUGCAUCAACGCGUACUACGGCUGCCCUUUCACAAUGUGUCGCUCGAAGCUUGCCAAACACCUGGAAGUGUGUCCUGCUAGUGUGGUGGUCUGCUCCAUGGAGUGGAACCGAUGGCCCAUUGAAGAUUCAGAGCCUCCUGAGUUCUACAAAAAUAUCUUAAAUGAGAACUACACCCAGGAGCCUCUGGAUCUUUCCAUGGCGCUGCGAGAUCAGAGGCAUCUGUUUCAGUCACUCAAAAUGAAAAAUAUUUUUCCUGAACUUAUUGAGAAGAUAGAGGAGAAAUCUGUCAUUCAAGAAAUUGAGGGAGCUGUUGGAGGGGCACCUAAAGAUGCACAAGAAGACUUAACAUCUAUAAUUGAUCUCUCAGGUCUUGAACCUGAGGAGAGGGAGUUAACUCAGGAAGAAAGAGAGGCAAUAGCAAGGGACACUAAUGUAUCAGGCAUCGGAAUGUAUGACGCUUGGGAGAGGAUGUUCAGUAUGGAGCUGAGUGGUUGCAAGCAGACAGUUAAAACACUAGGCAUCAACCCUGCUUCCAGUAGCACUGAGCUGAAACGGCAAGAAAAUCUGAGCAAAUUAGAAAUACUUAAAGAGGAGAUGGAAACAACAAUGGGGAAUUCAGACACGUUCACUUAUAUGCCACAUUUCAAUCCAUAUGAAAUGGAUGAAGAUAAAUUUUUGAUAGCAGCAUCUUUAUAUGCUUGUGACACACGUCCAAUAAAGACAUUUGUAUAUGAACAUUUGGAACCCAUGAAGAUCAAAACUGUGAGAACAUUCAGAGUUCCCACCAGCUUCAACGCAAGGCCAAGUCGUAUACGCAAUCCUUUUCAUUACAAAAAAGAUACAAAAGCUGUGGACACAGCAGACCUGAGCACUCAAAAUGAGGAAAAGCCAAAAUGGGAUGAGGUUCAAGCAACCCUACUGUGUUCUCUGGAGAAGGAACUCAGAGGACACCUCAUUGCAGAAGCCAGUGCUGCAGAUGCGCUUCUUAAGGAUGAAGGAACUCAGACUUAUGACUUUUACUCUGCUCCUUUCAAAGCAAAUGCAUCACUGGCGGAUCUCACAGCAGACAGAGCGCUGCAGCUUCAUGUACAGAUACAUACAGAGAGUGUCACCAAUAGGCAUAACAAAUGUAGCUCUGCAUUCACAUACCUUUGCAGCCACUCAUACAGACGAGAUGAGUUUUCUUCUCAUUAUAAGAACGUUCAUGCAGACAUCCAGUUCUGUUUAAAUGGCUGGUUUCAACACAGGUGUCCUCUGGCUUAUUUGGGUUGUACCUUCAGCCAGAGGCAACUAAGGCCUUUCACGCACAAAGCCAUGGUCUCCUAUGACAAAGACCUCAGCACAUUCACUCUCAGACCCGAAGUGCCAUCCAUUCUCUAUGAAGGUGUGGCAAAUGUGACUACGGAGAGGAAGCGAGCACGGAACCAGGAUGCUCUGAGCAAGUUGCCUUUUGAGAUUCUCAUCCACAUUGCUGGGUUUCUGGACAGUUUUACACUGUCUCAGCUGGCUCUUGUAUCCCGGUUGAUGAGAGAGGUGUGUGGGGUUUUGCUGCAAGAAAGGGGCAUGGUCUCAAUCAAGUGGGAGAAGAAAAUCUACUCACAUGGUGGAUGGUGCUGGAGAACUAGACAUAAGGUCUGGGAAUUCAGCAACUUGUUUUACCCUGUGGAUAACUGGUGCUUGGAUAAUUUCCCUUCAAUGUCUGAGCAUCUAAAGGUCUGCCCCUAUUAUGAGAAGGAGAACAGAACAGAUCCUGUACCCUUAACUGGUGUCUUUGAUUGUGAAGAAGAUGAGAAAGCGCAGAGUCUUGUGUCCAUGUUUAUCAGGAAUCAGUGACAUUUGUUGAGGAAAUGUGUUGAGAUUAUUAAUAACAGGGUGGUGUGAUGCAGCCUCAUGUUAGUUACUGUUAAGACUCUAAAACUGAUUAUUUUCCAAUAAUGACAUGUCCCAAAAUGUUUUAUCCCACUUAUACUGCAGCAAUUUGAGUACAAUUUUCAGAAUUUAUUAAAGAACUUUUUAACCAUUUACAGACACAUCUAAUGAUGUGGAAUGCUGCAAAACAAUAGACAAACAAAAUGCUGUCCUGGAGAGUUGCAACAAAAACCUAUGACUGUUACACUGGAGACUUCUUCCAUUAAUUUUCUAUAUAACGAGAACAUUUUAAUAUUAUUAAACUAGAAAGUUAGCAGGGGGCACGGUGGCUUAGUGGUUAGCACGUUCGCCUCACACCUCCAGGGUUGGGGGUUCGAUUCCCGCCUCCGCCUUGUGUGUGUGGAGUUUGCAUGUUCUCCCCGUGCCUCGGGGGUUUCCUCCGGGUACUCCGGUUUCCCCCCGGUCCAAAGACAUGCAUGGUAGGUUGAUUGGCAUCUCUGGAAAAUUGUCCGUAGUGUGUGAUUGCGUGAGUGAAUGAGAGUGGUGUGUCCUGCGAUGGGUUGGCACUCCGUCCAGGGUGUAUCCUGCCUUGAUGCCCUAUGACGCCUGAGAUAGGCACAGGCUCCCCGUGACCCGAGGUAGUUCGGAUAAGCGGUAGAAAAUGAAUGAAUGAAUGAAUGAAUGAAUAGAAAGUUAGCCAUUACAAUAAAAUGAGGAAUAAAUGCAUUAAAAUAAACCUGUGAUUUGCCUUGCAGCUAGCAAUACAUUACAUUUCUAAACCCAUCAAUGGCACGUCCAUUACCGUGAUCUCUGGUCCUGAUUAAUGACUAGACUUCAAUGAACCAUGAAUGAUGUCACACUUCCACCCCCUCUAUUAUAAAGCAAUAUUAGCUUAAUCAUUUUACAUUGUUUUCCUUAUAAUGGAUGCUGUUUGAGAAUGUAAAAGAGCAUAAGAGGUUAAUAAAAGUGAAUAAUUUGAACACUUAA